CAUCAGCUGGUUGGUUGCUGGAAAAGACGAUCUUCACUCCCCGGUCUCUUGAAGUGUCUGCAUCUGUCAUUCUUUCUUUCCCACUACCGCUUGAAAUUCCAUUGGUUGAGGUUAUAGUCGUGUAGACCGAAAGACACAAAAUGGCUCAACCAAUAAGAGUGGUCGUAACUGGAGCAGCAGGGCAAAUUGCUUACUCCCUAAUUUACCAACUAGCCAAAGGAGAUGUCUUUGGACCCAACCAACCUGUCAUUCUACACCUGCUGGAUAUUCCCCCCAUGAUGGGUGUGCUUGAAGGAGUUGUUAUGGAAAUAGCAGACUGUGCUUUGCCAUUAGUCAGAGAGGUUAUCCCCACUGCUGAUGUUGCUGUUGCGUUCAAGGACGUGGAAGCAGCUUUUCUUGUUGGAGCCAUGCCUCGUAGGGAAGGAAUGGAAAGGAAGGAUUUGCUUUCUGCUAAUGUGAAAAUCUUCAAGGUUCAGGGCGAGGCUCUAGACAAGUACGCCAAGAAGAGUGUGUUGGUGCUGGUGGUUGGUAACCCUGCCAACACUAACGCUCUGAUCUGCUCCAAGUACGCUCCAUCCAUACCUAGGGAGAACUUCUCCGCCAUGACACGUCUGGACCAGAACAGAGCCCAGGCACAGCUGGCCGCCAGGCUCAAAGUGCCCGUGGACAAGGUAAAGAACGCCAUCAUCUGGGGUAACCACUCCAACACUCAGUUCCCGGACGCUUCUCACGCUGUUGUGGACGUUAAUGGCAAGGACGUGCCCGUACCUCAGGCUCUCAACAACGACCCCUGGCUGACCAAUGACUUUGUCAAGACCGUCCAAACCAGAGGAGCCGCAGUGAUCUCUGCUCGUAAGAUGUCGUCUGCACUGUCAGCUGCUAAGGCUGCUGGUGACCACAUGAAGACUUUGUGGCAGGGCACCACCCCCGGUCAGUUCGCCAGCAUGGCCGUCAUCAGUGACGGCAGUUACGGAGUCCCAGCCGACAUCAUGUACAGCUUCCCAGUUACUGUCAAGGACAAGAAGUGGACCAUUGUUCAGGGCCUGCCAAUCAACGAGUUUGCCCGGAGCAAGAUGGACGUGACUGCGAAGGAGCUGCUGGAAGAGAGAGAGGAAGCUUUGGCGGUCUGCUCCCACUGACGGGGCCCCCCUCCCUCCGACACCCCCUCCCCAACUCCCACCACCCCCUGCAAACUGUAGACCACACAUUGUACCUAGCGACAAUAAACUGCAGUUCGUCACAUCUGGCGUCAUUUGUACAUUUUCUACAUCCGGGAUGUGUAAAAUGUAAGUGGAAAGUAGAUUCGAUGUGGUAGAAAAUCAAUUCAAAUCAGUUAUCAUUUUAAUUAUAAACGCUUAAAUAUAUGUGGUAUUGAAGUUCAGUUUUGUGUUAUGCUUGUCUAUCCGAAUCAGGUCUAAGUGUAUCAAACCACCAUAGUUGAGGGGAUUACAAAAUAAUGUUGAGAGGGAGGUUCGACAAUUUUGUAAAAUAGUAUUCCUAUUUUGAAAUGUAAAUAUAUUUGACUGUAUUUUUGAAUUUUAGUUUCUUACAAAUAUUCAGUUUGUUUUUUUAUAAUGUGUGAAGUGACGGAUGUACUACGACCAAAAAUAAGUGUUGAAAUAUUUUUAACCAAUGCUACAAAACACUAAAAUAUCCUUUCAGUGCCUUACCAGUCUUUGACUGUUUUACUAACCAUCCUGAUUGUAAUAUUUCAAAUUUCCGUUCAAUUAUCUUCAAUAGAAAUACUUUUCAUUAAUAAUUGUUAUUUAUGUAAAUUGAGUGUGGUGGUGGUGGUUCGAGUGCAUGCUAUGGUGGAGGUGUUUUUUUAUUUGAAGACUAACACCAUUUUAUACUCAUUGGUGUGACUUUCAAAACAGAUUUUCGUUUAUUAGAACAAAUAAGUUAUAAUUAUGUUCAAUUAUGUGUUGUUAAAUUUAAGAUGAAAUAUAUGUGGUCCUCAGAAUGUAAUACUGUAUGCAAAUAUAUGGUUACUGUUUUCAAAAA